AUGCCUUUCAGAAAGUUUUAUACACUCAAAGAGAAAUUCUUGAACCCCGGAAAGGAAGGAGUGAAGACUAUGCUUGGGGAGUCUUUGGGAAGUUUGCAAAGAAAAAUUGAUGGGACCAAUGUAGAAGAAGACAAUAUAGAACUGACUGAAGAGGGGAGACCAGUCCAGGCUUCUACUCAGAGACGCCCACUCUGCGAUUGCUACUGCUGUGGAAUGCCCAAACGCUACAUCAUCGCCAUAAUGAGUGGUUUGGGCUUUUGCAUUUCCUUUGGAAUUAGAUGUAACCUUGGUGUUGCCAUAGUGGAAAUGGUCAACAACAGCACAGUAUACAUUGAUGGAAAACCAGAGGUUCAGAAAGCUCAGUUCAACUGGGAUCCUGAGACAGUCGGGCUUAUUCAUGGAUCUUUUUUCUGGGGUUACAUCGUGACACAAAUUCCAGGAGGCUUCAUCUCAAAUAAACUAGCUGCUAACAGGGUUUUUGGAGCAGCAGUGUUCUUAACCUCUACUCUGAACAUGUUCAUCCCUUCUGCUGCAAGGGUUCACUAUGGAUGUGUAAUGUGUGUACGAAUUUUGCAAGGCCUUGUGGAGGGUGUUACCUACCCAGCAUGUCAUGGAAUGUGGAGCAAGUGGGCACCUCCUCUGGAGAGAAGCAGACUGGCAACUACCUCAUUUUGUGGCUCAUAUGCUGGGGCAGUGGUGGCCAUGCCAUUGGCAGGGGUAUUAGUUCAAUACAUUGGAUGGUCUUCAGUCUUCUACAUUUAUGGGAUGUUUGGAAUCAUAUGGUACAUGUUUUGGUUGUUGCAUGCCUAUGAGAGUCCUGCUGCUCAUCCAACCAUUUCCAGUGAAGAACGAACAUAUAUUGAAACAAGUAUAGGAGAGGGAACGAAUCUAGUCAGUCUAAGUAAAUUCAGUACACCAUGGAAAAGAUUUUUCACUUCGCUGCCAGUUUAUGCGAUCAUUGUGGCAAAUUUUUGUAGAAGCUGGACCUUCUAUUUGCUGCUUAUCAGUCAGCCUGCUUACUUUGAAGAGGUCUUUGGAUUUGCAAUAAGUAAGGUGGGCCUUCUAUCUGCAGUUCCCCACAUGGUUAUGACAAUUAUUGUACCUAUUGGAGGACAACUGGCUGAUUAUUUAAGAAGCCGAAAAAUUUUAACCACAACUGCUGUUAGAAAAAUCAUGAAUUGUGGAGGUUUUGGCAUGGAAGCAACGCUUCUCUUGGUGGUUGGCUUUUCUCAUACCAAAGGUGUGGCCAUCUCUUUUCUGGUCCUUGCAGUAGGAUUCAGUGGCUUUGCUAUUUCAGGAUUCAAUGUCAACCACCUGGACAUCGCCCCUCGCUAUGCCAGUAUUCUCAUGGGGAUUUCGAACGGCGUGGGGACCCUUUCAGGAAUGGUCUGCCCCCUCAUUGUUGGAGCAAUGACAAAACACAAGACCCGGGAGGAAUGGCAGAAUGUCUUCCUCAUAGCUGCUCUGGUGCACUAUAGCGGUGUGAUCUUCUACGGAGUUUUUGCUUCCGGAGAGAAACAAGAGUGGGCCGACCCCGAGAACCUUAGUGAAGAAAAGUGUGGUAUAAUUGAUGAAGAUGAACUGGCUGAAGAAACUGGACUGAACCACGACAGUGCGGCCAGUCCAAAGAAGAUGAUGUCUUACGGAGCCACUGAUCAGAAUAACGAGAAUCUCAAGGACAGAAAAUGGAGAUAAGAAUACCCAUUCCAUUUCAUCAGAUUGGUAAGAAGAUUCAAAAUGCUAAGUUGCCACCCCUUAAGUAUACUGGGUGAAAUGUCUCUGACAAAAUAUUCUGGCUUUGUUCUCUUCUACUAUCCAGUUGGUUUACUGGUAGUUAAAGAAGAGAUAGAAAAUAUUCAAAAUUUCCAACAGGAAUA